CAAAAGCUGUAUGAUCAGUGCUGAGACUCUGUGGCUGAGAGACAUAAGAUGAAGCUUAGUGUCCAGCAGAAGUUCGCAUCUUGAAAAGUCUGUGAUGAUGCAAACUGCUGCAGAAUAACAGAUGUACACCUAUAAACAGUAAACACACCAGAGUGGACGUGGCAGCUUUUGUCCUGAAGAUCAACGUGGCAGCAAUGGGAAGUUGGUCUCCAUUUCUCUUCUUCUUCUCCUUGUCUGUCCUGCUUCAUUUUAACCUCUCACUGGCUUACUCACUGAAAAACUGCACUGUUGCAUAUUCUUAUAGUGCGACUGAAGUUCGAGUUCAAUGUAUUCAUCGUUACCUCACUGCCGUUCCUGAUGAGAUUCCCCAAAAUGCAACAUCGCUAGAUCUCAGCUCCAAUCAGAUUUUAAAGAUCAACAGAACAGAUCUGAUCGGUUUAUCAAAGCUCAAAUAUUUGAACCUGAACAAAAACAGCAUCUCACACAUAAAAGAUGGAGCUUUUUCUGACCUGGUGCAGUUAACCAACCUCACCAUUGACUUAAAUAACCUCACAAAUGUGACAGAUAACAUGUUUCAGGGACUGUCCAAAUUAGUUUAUCUGUCUCUAUACUUCAACCAAAUCACACACAUCUCCCCACUGGCCUUUCAGCAUCUCGCCAGUUUACAGAGACUAAUUCUGAGAUUUAACAACCUACAUCAAAUUAUUGCUAUUGUGCCAGUUUUACAGCUACCUAACUUUUAUGAGCUGGACCUUGCACAAAACAACAUCAGCUCUUUUCAGUCAGACGAUCUCCCUGUUAACAUCUCAAACCUCAGGACACUGCAGCUAAAUUCAAAUUGUCUGAGAAAGUUCAGCCUUACAAGAGACCUCUUCCCUCAUCUCGAAUCUAUUUAUUUCUCUGGGUGCAGCAGUGACUUUGAGUGGAAUGUACCCAACAAGACUUUUCUGAGGAGCCUCAGUACUUUAUAUUUAAGUGAAACAUACAAAAGUUUUGAGACGUACACAUUGAUGCUGCAGAGUGCAGACUCAGUGGAAUAUUUAUCUCUGGGCUUUAUGAAGCAGUGGCUUCAUGAAGGUCUGGUAGACAUUGCCUGCCGACUGCCUGCGCUGAAAAGACUGAAAUUGAGUUAUAACUUUCCCGGAAGCAUAAAUGAUACACUGCUGCAGCCUUGCUCUAAACUCACUGAGUUGAAUUUAGCAGCUAACGAUCUGACUGAAUUGUCACAGUUUUCACUCAGAGCAAUGAAACGACUAAAACAUCUGGACUUAGACAAAAAUCAUCUGACCAGUGUGCCACUUGCCAUCAGAGGCCUCUCCACACUGCAGAUCCUACAAUUAAGUCACAAUUUCAUCGCUGAGUUAGGCUGCUCUGACUUCCACAAUCUGACGAAAUUAACAGAACUGAAUCUGAGCCACAAUCGCAUUUCAAUACUCAAAAGAUGUGUUUUUCAAGAAAUGAAUGAUUUGAAAAUAUUGAAUGCUAAACACAACCUGAUUUCUGAAUUUGAUGGUACCUUCAAAUUCACUCUGCAGAACCUACAAGUUUUGAAUUUGUACAGUAAUAAUUUCAACAAGCUCAGUGACGGUCACUUUCAGAAUCUGUCCUCCCUCCGGUCUUUGGCUUUAGAAUCAAAGAUUUACUCUGUUGCCCAGGCUGGAGCUUUUGAAGGACUGUAUGAUCUCCAAAAUCUAAGUGUUUCACUGUUGUCUUACAUGGAGGGACUUUUCACAGGACUGCAGCUCUUAGAAAGUCUCACACUACACCAAAGUUUUGACCGGGACAGUGGUGUUUCUAACAAAAAUUUUGAGCCAUCUUUCUCUAGUUUGCCUUCAUUAAAGAGGCUCGAGAUCAAAAAUUAUAACACAUAUUCAUGUGAAAUUUCACAGAAUCUGCUUAGAGGUCUUAAAUCUUUGGAGCACUUUGCAGCUGAGAGGUUCUUCAUUGAGUCACCACACCCUGAUACAUUUACAUACAGUCCUCACCUGAAGAACCUACAGAUAACUCAAAGUAAUUUGUCAGAGCUGAAACCUGAAUUGUUCCAGCCAAUCCCAAACCUGCAGGCUCUGGAUUUGUCCAAAAAUAAGCUCAGGUCUUUGGAUUUUCUUGCCCAGGCUGACCUGCCUGCACUUAGCUGGUUGACACUCAGAGGGAAUGAGUUGACAGUGAUCAAUGAGACAAUCUUCCAGUCGCUCCCUGCACUGAGGUAUCUGGACCUGUUUGGUAACCCUUUCACUUGUGACUGCUCUAACACUGGCUUCAUCCAAUGGGUGAAGAGCAACAACCAAACACAGGUCGUUAAUGCCUACCAGUUUGACUGCUCCUUUCCUCUGAGUAAACUGGGUACUAAAUUGCUGGACUUUGACAUACAGUCCUGUUGGAUGGACUAUAGCUUCCUCUGCUUCAUUACCAGUACUUGUCUGGUUGUUUUAACUCUGCUCUCAUCCUUCAUCUACCACUUUCUGCGGUGGCAGCUAGCCUACGCCUACCACCUCUUUCUGGCCUUCUUCUAUGAUAGCAGGAAGAGGAGGAAGGGCACUCCUCAUCGCUACGAUGCCUUCAUCUCCUACAACAUUCACAAUGAGGACUGGGUUUAUAGAGAAAUGCUCCCAGUGCUGGAAGGAGAGCAGGGCUGGAGACUCUGUCUGCACCACAGAGACUUCCAACCAGGUAAGCCCAUCAUAGAGAACAUUACAGACGCAAUCUACAGCAGCAGGAAGACCAUCUGUGUGAUCAGCCGGCGCUACCUGCAGAGCGAGUGGUGCUCCAGAGAGAUCCAGAUGGCCAGUUUCCGUCUGUUUGACGAGCAGAAGGACGUGUUGAUCCUGCUGUUCCUGGAGGAGAUCGCAGCUUGGCAGCUGUCUCCCUACUACCGCAUGAGGAAGAUGGUGAAGAAACGCACCUACCUGAACUGGCCUCAGGCCGGCCAGUACACGGGGGUCUUCUGGCAGAAUGUACAGAGAGCUCUGGAGACAGGAGACGCUCCCACCGAGACCACAGACCCACUGACUGGACUUGCAGGACUGGAUAUUUAACUGGACCAGAAAUGCAACAGUCAAUGCUGUUCCUCUACAAUCCCUGCUGCAUCAUAUCUAUUUCACUUUCAUAAAUCCCAAUAAUCCUUGUGUUCACAUUCAGAGUGGUAUGCCAAAAAAGGACCAACCAUGGCCAACCAGUAAAGAUGGAGCUAUCUGCCUGCACGGGGCCACUGCUGACCUCUGUCAGUUUCUCUGAUGUUUCCAUUGUCACAGUAUCAAGUUUCAUUUGAUGACAGUGACUCCUGCUGGGUUUCAUUAACUACCAACAUCAGUUCACAUGGUCACAGCUGGUACUGACAUAAUAAUAACCAGGACGUGGACAGCAGGAAAAAAAUAAUAAUAAACACUAUUAAAGACAUACAACAUGUACAACAUACAAUAAUGCAAAUGAACAGGUAGCAGCAGCCAAGUUACAUAAAUACCAGAGAGAAAAUCUUAUAAAAUAAUGUCAUGUCUGAGGCCAGCAGGAACAAAUAAACAGCAGUCACUAACAAAAAACAUUUAGGGAGUUACCUGCAGCAACAAGACUCAACUUCCUGAUAUUUUUCACAUUAAAAGCCUGCUCAAGGCUUUUAAUGUAAAAAUUCUGAAUGAAGUGUGAAGCUUUAUUAGCUGACAUCUUUGGGGGGAGUGAACAUCUGUGAUGAGUCUUGAUGUACUGAUGAAUUAUUGUUUUUGAAAUCACACUGACUUUAUCAAGACAACAGUGAAACAUGUGAAUGAAAAGCUGAUUCUGCUGGGAAUAAUAGAAGUAAAGGCCUUUCUCUAAUAUUAGCCUCAACAAAUGCCUGGUUCCCUCUGUCGCUGAGGUAAAUAAAGCCCCCAUAUGCAAUUAAAAAUUUACAAUAUAAUAUCAAUUACAGUUGUGCUUGGCUGCAGUACUUGAGUAAAUGUUACUUCGCACUACUCCAUUGGUAGUUUAUUUACUUCAUUAUGGCUCUGAGGCUCUGCAGUGCAGACUGCUCUGUAAAAUUAAAGGUAGACUUCACUUUAGAUGUAAAAAUAAACUGAGUGAAGGACCAGAGACUGCAAACUGGAGUGAAGCAGUGUUAUGAAAUUUUGAUCUGGGUCUGAUCUGGUUUACUUUAAUUUGACCUUUGGCUCCCUCUAGUGUUCAUUAACACACAACGCAUACACAAAGUGAAGCUGGGGUAUUCCCUCGUCGUCUCUGGCCUGCAGUGACACAGAUGCUGAGCUGAUGUGAGUCUGUAGUCUUGUCCGUCCCUGGAACAAACCACAGUGCAGGUUUUAGUCUUAUACUACUCUGCGGAGGGUGAUGUCUGUCAGUGGACUGUGGUUAAAUGUGGUUCAGAUGUUCAUGUUCCCAUCAGGAUGAGUUGUAAUAACUCUGACUCUUAUAGCACCAUCAUCAGAUUACAUCCAAAUUUGUCCACUACUUACUUACUCUAGUACUGAUUAUUUUCUUGAUUAGUCAUUUUUUCAUAUACUCUCAGAAAAUAAUGGACCCACGUAAAAAACAAUGUGAUGACAUUUGCCUUUACAAGUUGAGAACACAUAAAAGCUUCCUCAUUCUGCAUGGUAUAAUGUCAGUUUGCUGUUUACCAUGAAAGUAUAACUGACACAAGAGAUAUGCCAAAUGGCUUAUGUUGGCACAGAAACUCAGAUGCUGCAAAAGGCUCAGCUGAUCAUAACAUUUCGACUCAAAUUAAUUGAUUUUGUACUUUUAAAUGUUUGUGUGACUAGGCCUUUACUCAAUAAAGUAGAAUAAGAAAGCUGUAAAAUCAUUCCAUCUCAAGUGAAAGUAUUGCACUCCAAAUGUUAUUUUAGUAAAGUACACAACUGUUAUCAACUAAAUGUACUGAAAGUAUGAAAAGUAAAAGUAGGCUACUCAUGAGCCCUGUCAGCAUCAUACUUGUCUGAUUGUAGUACCGAACUUUUUUAACUGAGGCAUGAACAUGUGUUUGCAGCAUUUUGACGUUGUAUCUAGUCAAGGUGGAGCCAGAUACACCAACCUAGUACUGGACUCUAUCGAUCAGUAAACUUGUCAACUGCGUGGGAGACUGCAGACAAAUCUAACAAGAUAAGGACAGAGUAUUCACCUUUGUCUGCAGAUCAUUUGUUACCCCAAAAAAUUUGAGUACACAAGUGAAGCUGAAGUUAUACAAAUUUAUACUGUACUUUAGUAACUGCACACAAGCAGAGAGGUGGUUAUUAUACAUGGUGUAUAACACUGCAUGUAACCACAGAAUAAAUGCAAAUUUAAAGUGUCUUAGCUGUUUUCUAAGACAUAGCUGACUAAUAGCUAACAGAGGGACUGAUAGAUAGCUAUAAUGUUAGCUAUGUUGGCCAUGUAGCCAGCACAUGUUAACAGCUAGAUUGUUUAGCCUCCUUUUGUCUCAGAAUGGGAGGAUAACAGUUUUCUGGAAUCUUCUAUAAGUGAAAUUAAAGCCACACAAAAUAAAAUGUUUAGGUAUAGAUACGCAGGAAGGAUAUAAUUUUAACAUUAAUAAGUUGUGAUAAAUAGAAUAUCCAGCUUAAUGAUAACUUGUUGUGAAAAGAAGUUGAAAAAUACAUAAAAAUAUGUUUUUAAUUUCAACAAUUUAUGUACGUUUAGAGUUGAGAAACACAUUAUUCACAGAAAUAAAACAUUAUACUAUUGUAUUUUAGUUUUACUAUUUUUUAUUAUUAUUUAUUACAAACUGUUUCAUCUGUUUGUUUUUUUGGAACAGUGCUUUAUGGAAUGUAAACAGGUUCUAUUUUUAACUAAUUAAGUAUUUCUUUCACAUCAACAAAGAAUAUUUGACUCAUUAUUUACCUGAAAAAUCUUAACUUUACAGUAUGUGAUUAUUAUUUGAAGCUUUGUCCAGUGACAGUAAAGGUGAUGCUGCCUGACAACAGGCACCAAACAUGAAAAGCAUUUCAGUCCAUAGUUGCCAGUUCAAACCUAAUGUCAUCCUCUUAUCAUUCGUGUACUUUUAUGUUUCACUUAUUAUGAAUUGAACAGCAUUUUAGCUGCAGUGACAGUGCAAAAUAAAGUGUUAGGUAUUGCAGUAAUGUCAGAGGUCACAUUGUAUUUCAAUUUGGGCUUUAACUGGACUGAAGCAAUCAUGAUGUUCUGUAUACUCAGCGUAUUUGCGUGACAUCGGCGACCAAGGGUGAUUCAACAAUCAGUAACUCAUUGAUACACAGACUGAACAGUGUUAGAACUUUGAACUGGCAGAGAG